GAGAAAGAGUCCACUCUCGCAGAAGUGACAAGCGGCGAUGUCGGCGCUCAACGUCUCCCUCGGCUUCCUAGUAGGAGUCACGACCCUCACGCUGUCGGCUGGAUCCAUCCUCCGGCUGCGACCCCUGUGGAGCUUUUCCGCCGAGUUUCCGGCCUCCUUCAUGCUGGUCGCGUGCUGGCUUGAGGUGCGGACGCUCGCGGAACUGGGUCCGUGGGCUGCCGGCUUCGGUCCCGACGUGGCCGCCACCGCGCUCUUCCUCGUGCUGCUCGCGCACGGCGUGGUGUCACGCGGCGCCUCCGGGAACCCGCUCGUGAUCUUCGGGCAGUUCCUGCAGCGCGAGACCACCGCGCCGCGCGCGCUCUCGGCCCUCGUCGGCCACUUCUCAGCCGCAUGCUUGGCUCAGCUCGUCGCGCGCUUCUACUGGUCCCUGGAGCUGAGCGACAUGCACCUCAUUCGAAACCUCAUGGCGCGCGAGUGCACUCCGGCGCUGCGUGGCUCCAUGCUCCAAGGCGCAUUCGCCGAAGGCGUGUGUGCGCUCCUGUUCCACCUGAUGCACCUGAGGCUUCAGCAGAGCUCCGCCCUCCUGAGGGUACCACUAGUGGCGCUGCUGCUCACGGUGCUCUCGUGCGCAGCCAGCAGCCACACAGCGGGCUUCACAAACCCCUCCCUGGCCUACGCGCUCACCUUUCACUGUCCCGGCUUCACGUGGGCCCAGUACUGUGCCGUGUAUUGGCUGGCGCCCCUAGUCGCGACGGUCACGGCACUGUUCCUGUACACUGGUCACAUCCCCCGUCUGUUCACACGCAACCUGCUGUACCCCCAGAAGAGCCGCUUUCGGGUGCCGAGAGCGAAGCAGCAGCAGGAUCGCACUGACAAGAGAGGGGAAACGAGGGCAGAGAAGAAAGGCGCUUGAACAGAACUGCGGUCGUAAAAACGAUAUCACUUUCCAUCCUCACAAGUCUGGUGUCUAGUUUUAUCACAUGAGCAAGUAGUAUUUUAGGACUAUUGUCAGCAGCCGUUUACACUUUGACAAGUCUGUUUUUACUAGUACUGUUUUAGCAAAGGUUCAUACAGUGAAACAUACCAUCUGUUCAACAUAACACAUUUUAUUUUUCCACUCG